AUGCCCGUGUCAGAUGGAGUCAACACACCACUACAACCCUGCAGAGCCUAUUUCUACUACAAAGAUGACCAAAGUUGGACUUAUCUGUACGCCAAAAAGGCCUCAACUUGGUGGACAUUGUCCUACUGGUGCCAGCGUCAACCUCCCGAAGGCUGUUUCAUUCUUCUGGUGCCGGUGUACGGCACUUCGGACAAGCAACAGGAGGUCAUACAGAGGUGA